AUGAGCAACUCAGUUGAGAACUGCACCCAGGUCACCUGGUUCCUCCUGCUGGGGCUUACGGAGCAGGAAGGGCUCAAGGGCACCCUCUUCGUUCUCUUCCUCACCGUCUACUUAGUCACCCUCGUGGGCAACCUGGGCAUGAUUAUCCUGAUCCACACAGAGCCACAGCUCCACACGCCCAUGUACUUCUUCCUGAGUGUCCUCGCCUUCAUGGACUCCUCUUUCUCCACGGUGGACACCCCCAAGCUGCUGGAGAACUUCCUCACCUCCAGCCAGUCCAUCUCUUUUGUCGGCUGUGUGGUCCAGAUGGCCCUCAUGACUCUCCAUGGCAUUGCUGAGUGUCUGCUCCUGGCCAUCAUGGCCUAUGACCGAUUUGUCGCCAUCUGCCACCCCCUCCUCUACCACACCAUCAUGUCCCAACGUCUGUGUGUCCAGCUCGUGGCAGCCACCUAUACAGCUUCUGUUGCCAAUUCAGUUUUGCUAACAGGGUACAUCUUUAAGCUGCCCUACUGUGGGCCCAACGUCAUUAACCACUAUUUCUGUGACAUCCCCCCAGUGCUUCAACUUGCGGUCUCCUAUGCCUACAUCCUGGUGACUAUCUGCAGGAUGCACUCCCCGGAGGCUCAGAGCAAAGCGCUCGCCACCUGCACCUCCCACCUCAUCAUCAUCUGCCUUUGGUAUGGCACCAUCAUUUUCAUGUAUGCUCAGCCGAGCUCUCUCAGUUCCACGGAACAGAACAAGUUCGUGUCUGUCUUCUACACUGUGGCCAUCCCCGUGCUGAACCCUCUGAUCUACAGCCUGAGGAACAAGGAUGUGAAGUCUGCUUUAAAGAGGAGAUACCUUGGCAAGCUGCCUUCUUAA